AAUUUAAAUCCUAAUAUAAAAAUUAAUUUUUAAAAAUUUUUAUAAAAAUUAAACAGAAAUCAAAUGCCGAUCCGUAUGAAGCGUUUUACGCAUUGAAAUACAUGGACGCAGUCAUCGACGAAACCCUACGGCUAUACACAGCCGUCAUAUUUCACGAGAGGGUCGCCAAUGAGGACUACGAGCUUAAGGGCACCGGUAUUACCAUCAAAAAAGAUCAAGUGGUGCACAUACCGAUCUAUGCCAUUCAUAGAGACCCGGAGCACUUUGCCGAUCCGGAAGUGUUUAGACCGGAAAGGUUUUUGACGGAAAAUAUAGCCCACAAUCCCUAUACGUAUUUGCCAUUUGGUGCCGGCCCUCGAAACUGUCUGGGCAUGCGAUUGGCUCAGUUGGAGAUUAAAUUAGCCCUGUUCAAUCUUGUUCAUCGAUAUGUUUUUCAUGCAACAGAGAAACCAUUGGAGCAAGGUGUUACCGGUUUUUUAAUUAUACCAAAAUCAGUGGAUUUGAGAAUUGAGAAGCGAACAUAA